GAUAAUACAAAAUGGAGCACACAACUUUGAAAGUACCCAAAGGAGCUGUAAAGACAAUUUUCUCACCGACAAGAGCCACUAAGAGGAAGAAAGGAACAGUUAGGAUUAAUGGAGAGUCCAGCCACCCAGAUCCGAGUCCUUUCAGCCCUGGGGGCAAGAUAAGGAAUAUCAAGCUCUUAAAUAAAAUUAUUAAAAAAUUGAAAAGAAGGCAGAAUUCUAAUUCUCAAUUGAGAUCCAAUAUGUCAUCUCACCGUUUCAAGAGCGUAUCGCCUAAUGGGAGGAGGUUUAAGAAAUUUUUAAAGCUUCCUUCUGCUAAGAAGAUAAAAACAAGAUAUUUUAGCCCAAACAACAGGAAAUUUAAGAUAAACUCUCUUUUACGGAGGCAGACAGGCAAUAUGAAAGCAAAGGGGCGAGAUAAAUUUACGCCUAUUAAAGAACCAAAAAGAAAAUUUAACUUCAAAAGUUCAAGUAAACUUCAGAAGCGAAAGACCAAAGAGAAAUCAAAGAUUCCAUCAAACUCUGGGAAUUCAGAGACUUUUAGAGCAAAGACAACUUAUUCUUCAAGGCAGAAUCCCUAUGAAAAUAAGAGAUAUUAUCAUUUUUCAAAAGAGAAGUUCAGCAAUAGCCCUAAUUCUCGUGCUAUAUACAGACAAACCAUCAAGCAAGAUAGGGCUCAUGCUAUGCCUCCUGCCUCAAGCAGAUUUCCUUUUGAAGUAUACAUUUCCCAAUGUCCUGAAGAAGGUGAUUUCAAUAUUUUGAACAAGUACUUAGAUAGCGAUACUUUUGAUGCCAUGGAAGGCAAACGAUUCCCUGAACUGAUAAGUACAGAAAAUAGAGGAUUCAAUGAGACUAUAGACAGUAAGGAACAUCUUUAGCCGCAAGUCCGAUUAUAAGUCUUAAUUUGCUAUAUAAAUUCAAAUUCUUGAAC